CUCCGUAACUAGCAGACGACCAAGUCUAGCAGACGGCGCAUAGCUAGCGUCGUUCGCGGGCGCUCGUGACUUUGUUUCAAAAUCGAAGUUUGUUAAACGCUGAAAGACAGUUUCUGUAAACGAAAAAUUCGGAAAGUUUAUUGUGUGGCGGGUGAAAAUUAAUCAAAAUGGAUCCCGAAGCAUUCCUGGAUAUGGCCAAUCAGGUCAUCAAAUUGAAAAUGUUCCCGUAUUUUGAUAUCGCACACUGCGUACUCUGUGCGUUACACGUCAGAGAAGAUUUAGGACCCGGUGCUCAAGCAUUUUCUCGGAAACAUCCUCUAUCAUGUUGGCUUUCCACAAUGUUAGUAGUGUUUGCAAGUGGUAUGCUAUGCAAUGGUCUUUUAGGAGAGCCAAUUCUUGCACCUUUGAAAAAUACACCACAAGUGGUAGUAGCGACCAUUGUUUGGUAUGUGAUAUUUUAUACACCAUUUGAUAUUGGAUAUAAGAUUGCCAAGUUUUUACCAGUAAAAAUUAUAUGUGCUACAAUGAAGGAAAUAUAUAGGUGUAAAAAGGUGUAUGAUGGAGUAACUCAUGCAGGGAAACUUUAUCCAAAUGCAUACCUUAUUAUGGUGUUAAUUGGAACACUUAAAGGAAAUGGAGCAGGUUUUACGAAACUUUUUGAGCGCCUUAUACGAGGAGUUUGGACUCCUACUGCCAUGGAAUUUAUGCAAGCUAGCUUCCCUACAAAAGCAUCAAUGGUUGCAUCCAUUAUUUUCGUCCUAGAUAAAAAGACUGAUCUCAUCUCAGCACCUCAUGCAUUGGUUUACUUUGGAAUCGUUAUUUUCUUCGUGUAUUUCAAGCUAUCGUCCAUUUUGCUUGGAAUUCAUGAUCCUUUCGUACCAUUCGAAAAUUUGUUCUGUGCGUUGUUCCUCGGAGGAAUUUGGGAUUCGUUAGCCAGAUUGCUGGGCCGAGGCCAAGCUAAAGACGAGAAAGCAGAUGCCAAGAAAAAGGACUAAAUGUACUUAUAGAAUCCCUCCAAAACCGAUGUUAAUAUCAGCAAUGAUUUGCUAAAAAUUAGUGAAUGGAAAUAAUUUACAUUAGUCAGACGAUAUUCGCAUAUUAAGAUGUGAUCAUGGACAAAUCAUUAAAUAUUGGAAGUACAAUAAUUUAUUGUUAUACAUAUUUUAAUAAUGACAAGUGAUAUGUGUUGGAGAGUACGACUUCUAUUAUUAAGAAUACCAACAGUAUUAUCUCUGUUGACAACAACAUGCUAAGAUAAUUGUCUCUCCAUAAUUGAUUGGACGAUUUUAUACAAGUAACAUUACAUAACAAAUAAAUUCGUUAUCUUUUAUAAAAAAUAAAGCGAUUGUUCUUAAGAACGAUAACAAAU